UUGAUUACGAUGACAGUGUGCUGAAAACUCAUAUGUGCAGUGGCGAAAUAGUAAUAUUAUUUUUUAAAGCCUCGAUAUUAAGUUAAAAAAAUUAGCUAUGUCGCGCUUUAGUGGGGCGCUGCAGCUUACAGAUCUAGACGACUUUAUUACGCCUUCACAAGAAUGCAUAAAACCCGUCACGAUAGAUAAGACCAAGUCUAAGACUGGAUCGAAAAUUACUAUCCAAGCAGAUGGCUACUACGAGGAGUCGGAGAUCGGCAAGCAAAAGCUACAAAAAGUAGAAAUCACCUUGCAAGAUUGCCUGGCUUGCUCUGGAUGCAUAACAUCUGCCGAAGGUGUGUUAAUAACACAACAAAGUCAGGAGGAGCUGAUCCGAGUGCUAAACGAAAACCAAGCAUUGAAGGCAACAGGUGACAAUGGAAAGGAACAGGCGCGUGUUAUUGUGUUUACCAUUUCUAUGCAGCCACUGUUGAGUCUAACACAACGCUAUCAAUUGGAUGUGGAGGAGACGGCGUGUCAUUUGGCCGGUUAUUUGCGAAAAUUGGGCGCCGAUUAUGUAGUCUGCACCAAAAUCGCUGAUGACUUGGCGCUACUCGAGUGCCGCGAAGAGUUUGUCCAGCGGUACCGCGAGAAUGCAGGGCUCACCAUGUUGAGCUCAUCCUGUCCAGGCUGGGUGUGUUAUGCUGAAAAGACACAUGGCAGCUUUAUAUUGCCGCAUAUUGCAACCACACGCUCACCACAGCAGAUUAUGGGCGUGCUGGUUAAACAGUUGCUGGCUGACAAACUUGGCGUGCCUGGUUCGAAGAUUUACCAUGUCACAGUCAUGCCCUGUUAUGACAAAAAGCUUGAGGCUUCACGUGAAGAUUUUUAUAGCGAAGCAAAUGCAUCAAGAGAUGUGGACUGUGUCAUAACAUCCAUUGAGCUCGAGCAAAUGCUACAGACGGAAGAGAAAACGCUGCAACAAUACGAACCCACAAAGUUGGAUUGGCCCUGGACCGAUGCACCGCCCGAAAGAAUGGUGUGGGCACAUGAAGAAACCAUGUCUGGCGGUUAUGCUGAGCAUAUAUUCAAAUACGCCGCCAAGGAACUUUUUAACGAAAACACUCCGGACAUUCUGCAGUUCAAGCCGCUGCGUAAUCGUGACUUUAGUGAAAUGAGCCUUGAAAAAGAUGGUCAAACGGUGCUCAAGUUCGCAAUAGCCAAUGGAUUUCGCAAUAUACAAAAUCUAGUGCAAAAACUGAAGCGGGGAAAAGCAAGUUAUAACUUUGUUGAAGUCAUGGCUUGUCCAUCCGGCUGCAUUAAUGGCGGCGCGCAGGUGCGUCCCAUAACGGGGCAACAUGUUCGCGAGCUAACCCAACAAUUGGAAACGUUAUAUAUGCAACUACCCCGAUCUAAUCCAGAAAAUGAGCAUACAAAGUAUAUAUAUGGAGACUUUUUGGACGGUGCUAAUAGUGAAAAGGCCAUGGAGUUACUGCAUACUAGUUAUCAUGCCGUAGAAAAGCUAAACACGGCGUUAAAUAUUAAAUGGUAGCAGACACUAUAUAUAUUUUUAAAAGUAGAUA